AUGGCUAUGGAAGAUGGCCUUAGUGAGUAUACUCAAGAUGGAACCGUGGAUCUUAGAGGGAACCCUGUUCUUAGGUCCAAGAGAGGAAGAUGGAAGGCUUGCUCUUUCAUUGUUGUUUAUGAAGUGUUUGAAAGGAUGGCAUAUUGUGGAAUAUCAGCAAACUUGAUGGUGUAUUUGACUCAAAAACUCCAUCAAGGAACUGUGAAGGCAGCCAAUAACGUUACUUAUUGGGUUGGCGCUAUUUGGCUUAGUCCAAUCUUGGGCGCAUAUCUUGCUGAUGCUCAUCUUGGCCGAUAUUGGACGUUCGUGAUUGCUUGUGCAAUCUAUCUCUCGGGAAUGUGCUUGCUGACACUAUCAGUUUCAGUACCAGGCUUUAGACCACCUCCAUGCGCUGAUAUAACAGCAGCGGAUUGCCCCAAAGCUACAUCACUAGAAUUGGGAGUUUUCUACACUGCUUUGUACAUCUUGGCCCUUGGCACUGGAGGUACAAAGCCCAAUAUCUCAACAAUUGGGGCGGACCAAUUUGAUGAUUUUGACCCGAAGGAAAAAGCCCAAAAGCUCUCCUUCUUCAACUGGUGGAUGGCUAGCAUAUUCAUCGGUAUUCUUGUCGGCAACACAGUACUUGUGUACAUUCAAGACAAUGUUGGUUGGGCCUUGGGAUACGGCAUCCCAACUGUUGGGCUUGCACUUUCCAUCACAGUUUUCCUUUGUGGUACUCCUUUCUAUAGGCACAAGAAGCCCAGUGGAAGCCCAUUUACAAAAAUGGCAAGAGUUAUCAUUGCUGCUAUUAGGAAAUGGAAUGUCACUGUGCCUACCCAUCCCAAUGAACUACAUGAACUUGAUACUGAAGAAUACACCAAGAAAGGAAGGUUCAAAAUUGAUAACACAAACACCCUCAGGUUCUUGAACAAAGCAUGUGUGAAGACUGGUUCAAAAAGUCCAUGGAUGUUAUGCUCAGUGACAGAAGUUGAGGAAACCAAACUCAUCUUGAGAAUGCUUCCAAUCUUGGCUCUCUCAGUACUUCCAAGUGUGAUGGUUGCUCAGAGCAACACCCUUUUCAUCAAACAAGGCAUAACCCUUGACAAAUCCAUGGGGAAGCAUUUCAAAUUGCCACCAGCCAGUUUAGGUGCAUUUGUGACAGUGACUAUGCUUGCUUGUGUUAUCUUCCAUGAUCGAGUUUUCGUUAAACUUGUCAAAUGGUGGACCAAGAAUCCAAGAGGCAUAAGUCUUCUUCAAAGAUUGGGACUUGGAUUUCUGCUUCAUAUCAUCAUUAUGAUCAUUGCUUCCCUUACUGAAAGGUACAGGCUCAAUGUGGCUAAGAAACAUGGCCUAGUCGAAAGUGGAGGACAGCUUCCAUUGUCCAUCUUCAUUUUGCUUCCACAAUUUAUCCUUAUGGGAGUAGCUGAUUCAUGCACGGAGACUGCCAGGCUUGAGUUUUUCUAUGAUCAGGCACCUGAUACUAUGAAGAGUUUGGGAACUUCAUAUUCCAUGACUAGUGUGGGAAUUGGUAACAUCCUUAGCAGUUUCAUCCUUUCCGCGGUUUCUCACAUCAGCAAGGCGCAUGGUCACAAGGGAUGGAUUCAGAACAACCUUAACAAAUCUCGCCUUGAUUUAUAUUUUGCAUUCCUUGCAGUACUAAGCUGCUUGAAUUUCAUCGCCUUCCUGGUUGUGACCAAGUACUUUAACUACAAGGCUGAGAUUUCAGACUCAAUGGAAGUGCUCAAAGAAGAACUGGAAGGACAGAAAAAGAUCCCUCUCCAAGUAAUGGGGAACAAUAACAAAAAUUAA